GCUGCCGCGAGUGCCUCAUCUCUGCUCCUGGUCUCCCGAGAGGGGACUCUCGCCCCGCCCCCGGCCCCGCCCCCGGCCGCCUGCAGAGGGCGCCCCCGGGCCGCCGGGCGGCUUGUUUGCUUGUGCAUCCCGGCGGGCGCGGGCCGUUCUCGCGACUUUCGAGCUGAGCCCGGGGCCCCCCUGGCGCGCUGCGCCGCCGCCGCCGCCGCUGCCGCGUUCCGGGCGUCCAUGGCGGGCCCCGCGCUCCUGUGGCUCGGGCCUCCCCCGCCGCCGCCGCCGCCGCUGCUGCUGCUGCUGGCCGCGCUGCUGCCCCUCGGCCUGGGCCUGGGCCUGGGCCCGGGCGGCCCCGGCUGCGGGGCGCGGGUGGACGUGCGGCUGCGGCGGCCCCAAGCCAGCUACACCCUGCAGGGCGCCCUGCUGGCCGCGCCCGGAGCCAGACUGCAGGGCCGCCUGGUGCUGGUGGGGGACGAGGAGCCCCAGGUCCAGGCCGGCGAUGACUGGAUUGGAGUGGUCCCAGUAGGCGAGGAGCAGGCAGAAGCCCAGGGAACCAGCCCUGAGGAGUCCUUCACCGCUGCUGUGGUCAACAAGAUGAAAAGAGCUCUGGUCCUGGGCGCCUCGGCCUUGCUCAUCCUGGCCCUGAACCAGAAUGCUGUCCACGAGCUGGACGUGUCCCAAGUCCUCUCCAAGCCCAUCAUUGUGGUGCAGAUGUCCGACAAUGUCACUAAACUCCUGAGUGCCUUGCUGGGGGGCCUGCAGGCCACGGCUAAGAUCACCUCUCAGGCCAUGCUUCUGGAGAACGUGGGCCUGACGCUGACCCUGUGGUCCACCUGCGGCCUAUCUCGGGGCGGCCUCUAUGGGGAGUGGCAGGGUGUGAUCUGCCCCGGAGAAAGCAGCUCCAGGGUCCAGAAGUGUCUGCAGAAGCUGUGGAACACCAUCCUGCUGGUGGCCUUGUUGCUGUGUUUGGGCCUCAUCAUUCAGGCGAGGCGGCAGGCCCUGCAGGGCCCCCCAGAGCCUGACCCCCAGCUGGACCUCAGGCAGCACAUCUCGAGGACGCUCUCGACCCUAAAAACCCGGCGCUACCACCCGGGCCGCCAGCACCGAGCGAACGUGCCCGACAUCCAGACCUGUGCCAUCUGCCUGGACCAGUUUCACAAAAAUCAGUGUCUGCGGGUGCUGCCCUGCCUCCACGAAUUUCACCGCGAAUGCAUAGACCCCUGGCUGCUCCUGCAACAGACCUGCCCCCUCUGCAAACACAACAUCCUGGGGAGCUCUUGGGCUGAGAGCUAGCGGCGGCCCAGCCCCGGGGGGGAUCGCGGGGGCCAAGCACUCCAUCCCAGAAGCUCCCCGAGCCGAGGAACCCGGUGCCUAGCGCAUACACAACUGAGAUGCAGACCUCCCUGGCCUCGACUCCCACCUCCCUGGAGCAGAAGGCUGGGGACCAGCAGGGCCGCGGGGGCUCUCAUCGGGGGCUGCCAUCCAGCCCGUGUCUCCUUCCCGAGGGACGGCGGGGUCCUGCCGCUGUUGAGGAGCGAGGCCGGCCCGAUGCAGGCCGCCAUCUGGGCAGAUGCCAGCCGCUCCUGUGCCCCUCCGGGGGGUCGGGGGCUGCCUUUCACACUAAUUUAUUUGGGUUAACACUGCUGGGCCCAGCCGGGCACAUCUUGUACAAGUGCAGCAUUAAACUCAGACACACUUGCA